CGUCAACCGACUCCAAUGGCCAACCCUUUCUCACUCAUUAAUGCCCCACGGCCAGAUGACGGCAGCCCACCGCGCCAAUCAGGUUCAUCCAAAUUCGUCAUCCUCGGCCCGAACAUUGGACAGUACUUUGAAGUAUCAAGCUCAGAAGGAUCCAGCUGCAGUUCUUCGCCUUCCACUCCGUCGCAUUCGCCUAACCGUCUCAAUCAUCAACACUCAUUUGACACUUCUAAAGGCCGUUCACCCUCUCCGACUGAAUGUGACGAGAUUGACCGGGUAGAAUAUUCAUCUCCAGCCAUAGAAAUGGAAGCAUGCCAAAUGUCGGGCUGGGACAGUAGUGUCUCCGAGUUGUCAGAGGGCGACUCGGAGACAGAGACUUCCAUGAUUAUUACCCCUGAUAGAGAUAUUCGGGAUGGUCAAAGUCAGCGCUUGGAUAUCCGGGAUAUCGCCUUACUUCUCAAACAGACCUCCAUCAAAUCUGAACAUCCGGCUUUGAGACCGAAUCGCUUAUUAUCUUGCCGUACAACUUCGAGCCAUACGGUGGUACCUCGUGACUUUAAUCGUCGCUGUAGCGAAUCUUGCUCUGUUACAUCGGCCUCAAGCUCUAGUUUUCAUGCCCCUCAGCCGGGAGAGUUGAACCAACAUGGAGAUACUGUGGCUUGUGAAGCUUGCGGUAGAGGCACGACAAUCACUAACGCAAAAAAGAUUAUGCCUUGUCAAGAUGUCACGUGUGCCUCUUGCUUCUCAUCUACCCUCGGUGCCGUUACAGUAACCCAAAGUCAAGCCAAAUGUCCUGUAUGUUUCUGCUUAAUCGGUACCUUUGAGGCUGUCACUUUGGAAGACAUCGUGAAGCUCCAACACUGUUCGGAAAAGAGUCCCACGACCACGCUGCCCUCACCAUUCGAGCAUGGACUUGGAGUCGGACCCGUGGUAAUGAGAAUCGAUAACGUGGCAUGGGACAUCACUCCGGCCAUUGUUGAGGCCUUCCUUCCGAGAAAUUCGUUAUCUCACCGUACCCUUCAACCAAUCCAUAUUCUCCUUGACAGAUUCGACGGGCGUACUAAGGACUACCUGUAUAUCGAAGCCGCGACACCGCAAGCCGCACAAACUAUACUCAAGACCUGUCAGAAUACUUUCUUGUCCGGAGGAGCGCUCACUUCGGGAAGGAGACGGCCUGUUACCAUCACUCCCGUAUCGCAUUCGGAGCUCAUAGAAGAACUGCGUCCACAUUCGGCUCAGGAACUCCAUUCGCUACUCGCUCUUUGUCAAGCUGCUAUAGACUCGAAUUCUGGAUCCAAACAAAGUACUUCAAAGUAUAUCAAGUCUCGCCAUGGGCCAUACUACGCCUUGAUGUCAACAAUGAGCAAAAUGAAUGGGGAGCAAAGUCCCUCUUACUGGGACAUGUUCUACGUCGCCUCUGGAGCCAUCUCCGCAUUAAGUAAAGCAAUAACUCGCCAGGCCUACUUUCGUUCCUCACAAGGCUCCCCUGCUCGCUCAUAUCCCACCGACGCCAUAACUCUUGUCUCUGAGGAAGAUCUGCUCGUACGCAAUAAAUUACUGAUGUUGUUCGAGAAGUGUUUUGGUAUGAUGCCAAGAGCUAAUUAACUCAGAGGAUCACUAUAUCAUCGGGGUGUACAGGAAUUUGUACUUGCAUCAUAACUGUCGCUAAUGUUGUUUAAUCUGUUGGACUCUUCGUGUCUACUUCACUAUCGGAACCUCCUUAUCUCGUACCAUAUUUUUCUCCGUUCUAC